AUCAGCUACACUUGUCCUAGCAGUUUAAAAUAAAAGCAUGGAUGACAAAAACAAAUGUAUUGCAGAAGAACUCGGUGUCUUCAUUAAUCAUGAUUUUACAGAGAACACACCAAAAUUUAAGUUGAAACGUUUUAAUCCUAAGUUUAAAAUACUUCGAGAAUUUAUUUUAACCUCUAUAUCUGCACUGUCUGAGUUGAAAAGCCAACUUUUUGCUGAGUUUGAUGACUGCUCUAAAUCACAGGUUGUUGCUCUGGAUGCCUUAUCAUCUACAGGGGUGUGUGGCAUUCAGUGGAAAAAACGUUUGUCAAAAACAGUACAUGUGACUUUAGCCGACUCUGAUGACCUCAACAUUAUUUCCCAGAAUGCGACUGCUAAUUCACUUAGUUGUACUGAAGUAAAACUAAGUGAGAUCAAUAAGGUGCCCCAAGAAAAUAAAGUUCAAGGUCCAGAAGAAAUAUUUACAUGCCAAGCAGACGCCAAGGCUAUCAUGACAUUGGAUGCCUACAAUUUUAUUUGUCUAAAUGCAACUAAAAAUAUUACCACCUACUUUGAGCCUGCUAUGAACAGUUUAACCAACAAUGGACUGCUGUGUUGCCUUUGUUCUGAUGUGUCACUCUUUGCUCGAUCCCCUCAUGUAGUACAGCGCCUAUAUGGAGCUAAUCUUGUUAAAACUGAAUAUCUAAAAGAAUUAUCUGCAAGAAUUAUCAUAGCUAACUUGGCAAGAUGUGCAGCUCGCUAUAACAAAGGGAUUGCAGUUCAGUUUGUAGUUUCCCAUGGAGAUGAUUUGCUCCUCUGUGUGAAAGUCAAAAGAGGUCAUGCUGUGGCCGAUGACUCUGUAGCUCAUAUUGGUCAGUUGCUGCAUUGUCGACUUUGUGAACAGAGAAACUUUCUUCCACAACAGCUUGCACCUCUAGAUGAACCUUACAGCUUUCUCCAGUGUGAUUGCAAAAAUAAAAACCCUGGAAAGACAGCAGUCGUUCUUGGACCUUUAUGGAAAGGUCCAAUCUUUCAAAGAGAUUUUCUGCAGAUGCUUGUCAAACAUGGGCAGAAAUUACAGAAUAGUGCAAAGUUUGUAGAAAUUGUAAAUUUACUUCUUGCUGAGAGUUCUUGUUCCAAUCAAAUCACCAGUAUCACUCUGGUAACAUCUAGUCAAGACACUUUAUCAGAGCAAUCCAUUCAACAAGAUCAUAAAACAGAAGAAACUCUGAAAGAUCCCAGAGAAGACGAGCAAUUAAAUAUCAAUAACUCUAGUCGUCUCCCAAGUCCUGCUGUCACAUUGCCUUUGAAACGAAAAGCUGAGAGUCCACAGGAUGAGAAUUCUUCAGUCAAAAAAUCUCAAACCAAUGAGGGUUUACAAAUUCAAAGUAGUACUGUCACAAAUACAUCGAAAUCCGAGACUCCACAGGAUGUGCCCUUUUACUACAACAUUUGUAAAUUUAGAAGAACUAACAUCCCAAAGCUUGAUAAACUUGUAACGAUUCUUCAUUGUCAGGGUCAUAAAGCAAGCCGCACACACUUUGACCACAGUGCCAUCCGAACGUCUGCCAGUGUUGCUGAAUUCCUUAGAACUUUGUCUUAGUUUUUGUGUUGAUAACAUUGUUUGUAAUAUGAGACACAUUUUUAUUGCCGUUAUCCUAAGAGUUCAAUUUGACGCCAUGUCUCACCGCUUCAAGAACAAAUCGGCAGUUGAACUAAAAAAAAAAUGUUUCGGUUUAAUUUUCAUUUAUGUUCAAUUAAAAAAAUAAUACUCAACUCA